UAUGCUUUACAUUCAACGCUUCUCAAUUUUUGAUAACGAUGCUUCUAACAUUACACUACUAGAAGUGCACCAUUCAUUGCAAGAGACAAAAAGAAAAUUAUCAGAAAUGCGGCAAUUUUCUAACAAUCUAUUAGGAGUAAUUUCAAUCAUCAUUUCAUUAAUUAUUGGCUUGGUUCUUUUAUUUUUAAUUUGUCAAAUACGCCAAAUAAAAAAUUAUCUGAAUCAAAAGAAUGCCUCAAAAAAUGAAACCCAAUUAAUGACACCAAUGCAACCGGUUGAAGUUGUUGAGAAGAUGAGAGAAACUGAUGAAAACAUAGAAACGACAAGGCCUUUAAUAAACCUUUAACUUUUUUUGUUAUACAGUCGAC